CUGGAUGAAGAGCUUGCUUUUGGGGUGGUUGCCUUGGGGCUCUGGCAAACGGAGAGACUUCAGCUGACAAGUGCAGCAUUUGGAGAUGACAACCAAAAGGAAAAUUAUUGGCCGCCUGGUGCCAUGCCGAUGUUUUCGCGGGGAAGAAGAAAUAAUCUCAGUGCUCGAUUACUCCCACUGCAGUCUUCAGCAGGUGCCAAAGGAGGUUUUUAACUUUGAACGGACAUUAGAGGAGCUUUAUCUAGAUGCCAAUCAAAUUGAAGAGCUACCUAAGCAAUUAUUCAACUGUCAAGCUCUGCGUAAACUGAGUAUCCCAGACAAUGACCUUUCAAGCCUGCCAACCGGCAUUGCCAGUUUAGUUAAUCUUAAAGAACUUGACAUCAGUAAAAAUGGGAUCCAAGAUUUUCCAGAAAAUAUAAAGUGCUGUAAGUGUUUAACUGUAAUUGAAGCCAGUGUCAAUCCUAUUUCUAAACUCCCAGAUGGUUUCACACAGCUUUUAAACUUGACCCAGCUCUACCUAAAUGAUGCCUUUCUGGAAUUUCUUCCAGCUAACUUUGGAAGACUUGUUAAAUUACGAAUAUUGGAAUUACGAGAGAAUCACUUGAAAACUCUACCAAAGUCAAUGCACAAACUGACACAGCUGGAGCGGCUUGACCUAGGCAAUAAUGAAUUUUCUGAGCUGCCUGAGGUUCUGGAACAAAUACAAAACCUAAGAGAAUUAUGGAUGGACAAUAAUUCACUUCAAACAUUACCUGGGCCUAUAGGAAGGUUAAAGCAGCUGGUGUACUUGGAUAUGUCAAAAAAUAGGAUAGAAAGUAUAGAUAUGGACAUAUCGGGAUGUGAAGCCCUUGAAGAUCUACUGUUGUCAUCCAACAUGCUACAACAACUGCCAGACUCUAUAGGGCUCUUGAAAAGGCUUACAACUCUAAAAGUAGAUGACAAUCAGCUCACAGUUCUGCCCAAUGCCAUUGGAAAUUUAUCUUUAUUAGAAGAAUUUGACUGCAGCUGUAAUGAACUGGAGUCUCUACCUCCCACCAUUGGCUACCUGCACAGUCUGCGGACUCUAGCUGUAGAUGAAAAUUUCCUACCUGAACUGCCCAGAGAAAUUGGAAGUUGUAAGAAUGUAACAGUUAUGUCUUUGCGCUCAAACAAACUGGAAUUUCUUCCUGAUGAGAUUGGUCAGAUGCAGAAACUCCGAGUCUUAAAUCUGAGUGACAACAGGUUGAAAAAUUUGCCUAUCACUUUUACGAAGCUUAAAGAACUUGCAGCUUUGUGGCUUUCAGACAACCAGUCUAAGGCCCUUAUUCCUCUUCAAACUGAGGCACACCCAGAAACUAAGCAGAGAGUGCUGACUAACUACAUGUUUCCUCAGCAACCCCGUGGGGAUGAAGAUUUCCAGUCUGACAGUGAUAGUUUUAAUCCUACUCUGUGGGAGGAACAGCGUCAACAACGUAUGACAGUUGCCUUUGAAUUUGAAGAAAAAAAGGAAGAAGAAGGAAAUGCAGGAAAAGUUAAGGAAUAUUGCACUUUGGAAGGUUUUUAUCCCCAGCGGCAUGCUACUUCUGAGGUUGAAAUAAACUUAAAGCGCUAUCCAACUCCAUAUCCAGAAGAUUUAAAGAAUAUGGUGAAAUCUGUUCAAAAUCUGGUGGGCAAAUCUAGCCAUGGAGUGAGGCCUGAGAGUUCAACACCAACUGCCGGUACAGAGCAAGCUGUGAAAGACAAAUAUGAGCACAAGUGGCCAAUGGCAACAAAGGAGAUAUCAGUGGAGGACCCUUUUGUACACCCUGUGAAUGAUAUGAGGAUAGGAGAACUUCGCCCAUCAAUGGCUGAAGCACCAUUGUACCAACCGAAACUUGUUCUCUUGGGAAAAGAAAAAAAAGAGUCAACAGAUGAGUCUGAAGCAGAUAAAAUUCAUUGCAUGAAUAACAGUGUCUCGUCAGGCACCUACUCGGAUUAUUCACCUUCACAGGCUUCUUCCGGGUCUUCUAACGCUCGUGUUAAAAUAGGGUCUUUGCAGACUACAGCUAAAGAUGCAGUGAAUAAUUCUUUGUGGGGUAACAGGCUUGUCCAGUCUUUUCCCCAGCCUCUUGAGACAAAGCCGUUGCUCAGCCAGCGAGAGUCUGCUCCGGCAGGAAACCUACAGCAGCAUAAUGACAGGCGUCCAAUGAGCGACACCUUUGCUGACAGCUGGAAUGAUGGCUCUCAUUAUGAUAACACAGGAUUUGUAGCGGAGGAGAGCGCGGUGGAGAAUCCCAGCACUAACCCCCUCUUAAGCUCUAAAUCAAGAAGCACAUCUGCUCAUGGACGCAGGCCUUUAAUUAGGCAAGACAGGAUAGUUGGUAUUCCCCUAGAACUUGAACAGCCCACCCUCAGAAAUACACCUGAAUCAGAAGUGCCUCCAAACCCUUGGCAGAACUGGACAAGAACCCCUAGCCCCUUUGAAGACAGGACAGCUUUUCCUUCUAAGCUGGAGAGCACUCCAACCACUAGCCCUUUGCCUGAAAGGAAAGAUCUCGUUAAAGGCUCUCCUGAAAUAACUAGCACUUUUUCUCCAGGAACAUCUUGGGAGUAUCAUGAUUCAAAUGCUAAUAGAAGUCUUGGUAAUGUGUUUUCGCAUAUUCACUGUCGCCCAGAGCCUUCAAAAAACAUCAUUUCCAUCAGCAAGAGUACAGAGAGGCUUUCCCCAAUGAUGAGAGAUUUGAAGACGAAUAGAUUUAAGAAGUCACAAAGUAUAGAUGAGAUAGAUAUUGGCGCAUAUAAAGUUUAUAAUAUACCGCUAGAGAACUAUGCAGCUACUACUGACAAUGCAGGGAUACAUGAGAGGCCAGAUAAAAUGAUGGGGCCAGAACAUGGAAUGUCUAGUAUGUCUCGUAGCCAGUCUGUACCAAUGCUUGAUGAUGAGUUGCUGACCUAUGGAAAUGUCAAGGUACAACAGCAGCAAAAGCCGUCUGUGACUAAAAAAGUGUACCAGUUUGACCAAAGUUUUAAUCCUCAAGGAUCAGUGGAAUUGAAAGCAGAAAAGAGGAUACCACCACCUUUUCAACAUACUCCAGAAUACAUUCCCCAGCAGACUAAAAAUGUCUCCAAGGAUUUGGUUAGCCCAAGGGCGUACCGGGGAUAUCCACCCAUGGAGCACAUGUUUUCAUUCUCUCAGCCUUCUGUUAAUGAGGAGAAUGUCAAUACCCAGUUCUCAAGUCAGGGAUCAAGGGCUGGGUUUCUGAGAAGAGCAGAUUCAUUGGCCAGUUCCACAGAAAUGUCAAUGUAUAGAAGAGUCAGUGAACCACACGAACUGCCUCAGAGCGAUAGGUAUAACAGACAUCAGUAUAGAGGAGCUAUGGAACGCCAAAGCAGUGUAUCAGUGUCUGAAUCCCAGUUCCUCAAAAGAAAUGGCAGGUAUGAAGAUGAACACCCUUCAUAUCAAGAAGUGAAAGCCCAAUCUGGAAGUUUUCCAGUUAAAAACCUUACACAAAGGAGGCCAUUGUCUGCAAGAAGCUACAGUACAGAGAGUUAUGGUACCUCCCAAACCAGGCCAGUUUCAGCUAGGCCUACAAUGGCAGCUUUGUUGGAAAAGAUACCAUCAGACUAUAACUUGGGUAACUAUGGCGACAAGCCGUCAGAUAACACUGAUUUAAAGACAAGGCCUACCCCUGUGAAGGGAAAUGAGAGCUGUGGUAAAAUGCCCGCUGACUGGAGACAACAGCUACUUAGACAUAUAGAAGCUAGAAGGUUAGACAGGACUGCUGCUUAUAAACACAACACUGUUAACCUUGGCAUGCUGCGCUCUGGAGGUUUGUCAGCAAUGCAUGCGGGCAGAAGCAUGACAUUAAACUUGCAGACUAAAUCUAAAUUUGAAAACCAAAUGCAUCAAGAGCUACCUCUACCGAAAACCCCAUCACAACAAAGCAGCAUUCUAGACAAUGGGCAGGAAGAUGUUUCCGCUGGCAGCCAAUGGAAUCCAUAUCCCCUUGGAAGGCGAGACGUGCCACCAGAAACUGUUACUAAAAAGGCAGGUAGCCAUAUCCAGACUCUGAUGGGAUCACAAAGCCUACAGCAUCGGAGCCGAGAGCAGCCAUAUGAGGCCAGCAUGAAUAAAGUAACCGUCCAGCAGUAUCAGCCACCACUGCCAAUACAAAUCCCUUCUCAGAGCACUCGGGCGCCGCAAGCAGGGAGAUGUGUCAUCCAAACUAAAGGGCAGAGAAGUAUGGAUGGCUAUCCAGAACAGUUUUGUGUGAGGAUAGAAAAGAAUCCAGGCCUUGGAUUUAGUAUCAGUGGAGGAAUAAGUGGACAAGGAAAUCCAUUCAAACCUUCUGACAAGGGUAUCUUUGUUACUAGGGUUCAGCCUGAUGGACCAGCAUCCAACCUGCUCCAGCCUGGUGAUAAGAUUAUUCAGGCAAAUGGACACAGUUUUGUACAUAUGGAACAUGAAAAAGCUGUAUUACUACUGAAGAGUUUCCAGAAUACAGUAGACCUAGUUAUUCAACGUGAGCUUAAUGUCUAA